AUGCCGGAACUCUGUGGAGGCGUCAUAGUCGCAAGCCUCUCAUGGAGCCUCCCGAGACUGGGGGUCGCUAGAGGACUAUUUUAUCUAUACAGAAUGAUUUUUAAACGUGGAAAUAGACGAUUAUGGAACGGAUUGCUAUGUUAUAUAAUUCUGACCUUGCCGUUUGUGGUUAUAUUUUUGUCCAUGUACAAUUCGGAGACGGUGCACGAACAAACUAAAUUCUUACAGUCGAAUGCCUUUUUCAAGAACGGGCAGAAAAUGGUCGAGGCCCUGAUACAAAGGGAGGCUUUGUCCAAGGCACCAGUCUCUCAUGAAACCUGCAAUGAUUUGGAACUGAUAAAAAUACCAGACGCAACCGUCGAUUCCAUGAAUCGAACGUUAUUUUGUGACGACGUAGCCGAAGACAGCGACGUAGUUUGUCGGUUAUUCUUCAACAAAAUCGGACUGGAGGAGGGAAAAUCCUGUCUACGACCCAAAGACGGUUACUUGGUACCCAAAAUUGUCUAUUACGUCAUAUUUGGCCCGUACACUUUUCAGUUUUGGCACUACGUCAGUAUGAUGAGUGCUAAACGUAUAAUUAAGCCCUGGGGGUUGUAUGUAGUAGGGGAUGCCCAUCCCGUGGGGUACUGGUGGAAAAGGGCGAUGAAGGAUAUUCGAGGGUUGCGUUUCGUGUACAGAGAACUGCCUCCAACUAUUGCCAACAAGAAGGUGACCUGGAACCAUCAUCUGUCUGAUUUGGUGAGACUACAGAUGUUAAUGCUCAAUGGUGGAAUAUAUUUAGAUUUGGAUAUGAUAGUUAUAAACAGUUUGGACCCAAUCCGAAACCACGACAUUACAAUGGGAUUGAUAGAAAACGGCACGGGGAUGGGAAACGCCAUUAUUCUCGCCCAGAGACAUUCGCCGUUUGUGAAAGAGUGGUACGAUGCGUAUGCAAAAUACGACAACAAACAAUUUUAUAAAAAUUCCUUACAUGUCCCGAGAGAUAUGUGGCAUAAAAAUCCGAGCCGAAUUCAUAUGGAAUCGGACAAAUUCUAUCGUCCAAAUUGGUUCGAAGCGGAUCUACUUUUCAAGAAAAAUGACUACCCGUGGCAGAAUAAUUAUGCGGUACAUAUUUGGACGAAUGGAAAUCCAGUUCCGAAGGGUUUUGAAGAACUGAAAACGUUAAACACUACUAUAGGACAGAUAUUUAGAUAUGUUUUAUACGGAGAUCCUUCUUUGCCUGUUAAAUGAAGUUCUAGUGAUGUG